UGAUGUUUGCCAUCAUGCAUUUGUCAGUCUACCUCAGUGCUUAAUCUAUCUAUAUACGUUUAUUAAUUUAUUAUAUUGUACAACCAAAUAAAUAUUAUAUUGUUUUUUUUUCCUUUUUAAAUGUGUUGUAUGUUUUUUUAUUAUAAGCAUAAUAAUUUUGUUAAAUUAUGUUAUAUAUCAAAGAUUCUUGUUUAGCGUUUAAUUACUGAUCGUGUAACCUAACCUAUAAUUUGACUGAUGACUCGUGCAUAUAUGUAGUUGGAUUAUUUUAUGUAUUAAAAUAUUUAUGCACACGUGGUGAUAUCAUUUUUUUUUUUUUUUUUUUUUGCAUUAAGGAUUUAAAUUUAAAUUUUUAUAUAAAAUAAACUCCCAAGUGUUAUAAUAUUGGAAGAAAUUUAAGUUAUUGUCUCAAAAUGAUAAUGGAAAAAUUGAAUAAUUCAAUUGAAGAUAAAUCGUUGAAUAAAUAUCAAUACAAACUUGUAUCGUUUGUUGGCUCUGAGGAUGACGAUGGAAAAACCGAUAUUGACAUUGUUCUAUCCACUUGGAUUAGAUUCAGUGAAAAUGAAGAUAAAUAUUUUACUCGAUUUCCUUCGCCACCUUAUGAUAAUUGGACAAUGAAAAAUUUAAAUAAUAAAUUGAAAAAUUGUGCUUUAGCACCUUCCAAUUGGAUGGAAUACGAAAUUGAAUUUGUAGAUGAAGCAAAGACUUUUACUGAAGCACAGAAAAUCUUUGAAAGUAUGCAAACUGAUUGGACUGACACUGCGAAUAAUUAUAAUAAUAAUAAUUCAAAAAAGGUUGUAGAUAAAACAAAAAAAGGUGAUACAAAUAAACAAAUUUGGAAUUCAAGUGAAUUGAAUAGUGGAAGAAAUAAUGUUUCACUUCCAUACGUUUUGUUAAAAAGAUGCGAUUAUCCUGGUUCAGAUGAAGUAGAAGCCACGGUCAAUGAUGAUUAUUUAUGUGAUGGAGGAGAGGGUACGAGCGAUCCAUCAAACGUCUGUAGUUGUCUAAAAAGAUUUCUAAACUUAUCUGUCUCCAAAAAUAAAGAAGGUUCAGCGCCAAAAAAAAAUUCUAUAAAGAGUAAAAACAAUAAUCUAUCCGCUGAAGUAUCUACUUCCACUCCGAAAAAAUCAGGAAAUCGACAAACUAGAUCGACAAAAUCUAUUGAUAUUAAUUCUACACCUAAGAAAUCGAAAUCAAGUAAAUUUGAUUCGAAAGAAAAGACAAUUUCAAGGAAAAGAAAGACAAAAGAUGAUGAACUUCAAAAUUCAUCAACCGAAAGAUCUGUCAAGAAUCCAAGAAUUAUGAGAUCUGAUAGAUCAUUACCGACAGAAACUGUUGUCAGUGUUUCUGAAAACUUUGAAAAUAAAUUAAAUAAUUCUUUAAUUGAAUCAGAGUCAGAGGAUCAUGAGAUGAAUACAACAUAUACUAUUGAUAAUUCACACAAUGAGCAAGAAGUUGAUUCAAUAAAUGUUAAUAGUAAUAAUGAUUCACAUGAUCAGGAAACAAAUGAAUCAAUUUUUUUUACAAAUAGUUCAUAUGAAAAUGAAUUAAGGGAUCCAAUUUAUACUUAUAUUGACAGUUCACGGGAAACAAAUUCUGUUGAAAAUUUACAUGAACAAAAAGUUGAUUCAACAAAUAUUAAUUAUUCACAAGUGAAAGAAAUAGAAGAAACAAAUUUUGUUAAUAAUUCACAAGAGGAAAAUGUUGAUUCAUCAAAUAAUAAUUUACAAGGAAAUGAAAUAGAAGAAAUAUUUGUUAAUAAUUCACAAAAAAUGGAUGAAACAAAUUUUGUUAAUAACUUACAAGUGGAAAAUAUUGAUUUAUAUAAUAAUUCACAAGAUCAAGAAAUAGAAGAAAUUAAUUUUGCAAAUUUACAGAAGGAAACAUUGAAUGAAAUAUAUUCGGCUGAUAAUUCACAGAAGGAGAAAGUGGAUGAAAAAAAUUCUGCUCAAGAAGAAAUGGAAGAAACAAAUUUUGCUAAUAAUUUACAAGAGGAAAAUAUUGAUUCAAUAAAUAAUAAUUCACGUGAUCGAGAAAUAGAGGAAAUAAAUUCUGCUGAUAAUUCACAGGAUCGAGAAAUAGAAAAAAUUUUUGUUAAUAAUUCACAAAAACAAAAAUUGGACGAAACAAAUUCUGCUGAUAAUUCACAAGAUGAAGAAUUUGAUGAAACAUUUUCUAUUAAUAAUUCACUGAUGAAAGAAAUUGAAUCAACAAAUUCUGAUGAUAAUUGGAGUGAAAAUAAUAAUUUAUCUGCUAAAACUUCUACUUCUACAUCGAAAAUAAUUGAGAGGCGAUUAACUAGAAGUAUGACAUCACGUGAUAGUAAUAUUCAAGUUUCUACUUCUACAUUGAAAAAUUUGGAAAGACGACAAACUAGAAGUAUGAAAUCUACCGAUAUUAAUACUUCAUCUAACAGAUUGAAUUUAAGAAAUUUAGCUUGGAAAGAAAAGACUAUUUUAAGGAAAAGAAAGUCGGAAGAUUAUGAAACUGAGAAUUCAUCAUCCGAAAGAUUUGACAAAUCUCCAAAAAUUAGAAAAUCUGUUUCAUUUGCGUCGAAAAAAACAAUUUUUAAUCCAACAGGAAAUUUAAAAAAUAAAUUCGAAAUUACAGUAGAUGAAUCAGAUUUGAUGGAUUCAAUAAUUACUAUUGAUGAUUCAGAGGAGCAAAUAGUUGAUUCAAUAAAUGUAAAUAAUAAUUUACAAGGUCAUGUAAUGGAAGAAAUUAUUUUUGAUAAUAAUUCACAGGCGGAAAAAGUGAAUGAAACAAAUUCUACGAAUAAUUCAAAAAAGAAAAAAAUUAAAUCAACAAAUUCUAAUGUCAAUUGUGCAAAAUUCAAAAUUAAUUCUUCUAUAAGCAGUGAAAAUAAAAAAUUAUCAGCUGAUGCUUCUCAUUCUACACCGAAAAAUUCAGAAAGAGGACAAACUCGAAGUAUGAAAUCUACUGAUAUUAAUAUUUCACCCAUAAAAUUAAAUUCAAAAAAACUAGUUUGGAAUGAAAAAACAAGUUCAAGUAAAGGAAAGAAGGAAGAUGAUGAACUUCAAAAUUCAUCGCUCGAAAGAUCUGUCCAGUCUCUAAAAAUUAAGAACUCUGUUACAUUUGCAUCGCCAAAAAUUGUUCUCGUUGCUUUCGAUUACUUUGAAAAAAAAUUAAAUAUUACGAAAAAUAAAACUAAUUCACAUGAUAAACAAAUUGGUGAAAAAACUAUUGUUGAUAAUACACGGAAGAAAAAAAUUGAUUUAAAAAAUAAUAUUAAUAAAAAUAAUAAUAUUUCACAAGAUCCUGAAGUGAAAGCAACAAAUUUUUAUAAUAAUUUACAAGAGCAAGAAGUUGAUAAAACAAAUUCUAUCAAUAAUUCACAAGAAGAAGAAAUAGAAGAAACGAAUUCUAUUAAUAAUUCACAAGAAAAAUUAAUAGAGGAAACAAAUUUUGUUAAUAAUUCACAAGAAAAAGAAAUAGAAGAAACCAAUUUUGUUAAUAAUUCAAAAGAAACAGAAAUUGAAGAAACAAAUUUUGUUAAUAAUUCAAAAGAAAAAGAAAUAGAAGUAACAAAUUUUGUUAAUAAUUCACAACUAAAAGAAAGAGAUGAAACAAAUUUUGUUUGUAAUUCACAUGAGCAAGAAAUUUAUAAAACAAAUUUUGACAAUAAUUCACAGAAGCAAGAAAUUAAUGAAAUAUAUUCUAAUUAUAAUUCACAGGAGAAAAAAAUUAAAUCAAAAAAUCCUAACAACAUUUGUAAGAACCAUAUUGAACGUACUGAUGACAAUGAUGAUUUAAAUAAUUUAUUCAGUUUUAUAAUUACUGAAGAAGAAAAAGAAAAUCCACAUCUAUUAUUUCCAAAGAUAAUGAAAGCUCUUCGUAUAAUUCAUCUAAAUCAAAUAGAUGAACGGCUAAAAAUUCAAUAUAUUAUUGACAAUAUGAUAAAUAAUAAUAAAAAUAGUAGUAAUGAUAAUAAUAACAGUAAAAAUAGUAUUAAUAAUAAUAAUAAUGCUAAUAAUUAUGAUGGUGAUGAUGAUAAUAAUAAUAAUAGUCCUAUGAAGGAAAUAUUUGUUGAAAAUAUGAAUACAGUAUUACCCAUUUCAACAAUGAACGAAUUUUCAGUGAUUGAAAAUUUAUUAAAAGGAAAUCCAUCAUUUAGAAAAAGCUUUACAAAAUUAUUAAUUAAUUUCGUAGACAACAAUAAAAUAUUAUCGCAAUGUAUAACAGAAAUUUUAAAAAAUUGUUUUAUAAAAGAUGUGACAAUUCAAUACAAUGCAUGUACAGCAACUGAGAAGACAUCAAAAAUUUUUAAGGAUACAGAAUUUUAUAAAAUUAUGUUCGAUUUUAUAACUAAGAAAUAUAGACCAUUAAGUCCAAUAACGGAGGAAGAGUUUUUAAAGCAGCUUGAGAUUGUUUUUUUAAAAUUACAUUAAAUGAGCUGUGAUUCACUUUUGCAUGAAAGUCGUAACGAAUUUUUUUUUUUUUUUUUUAAUAUUCUUUUUAGCAUAAUAUACUGUGAUAAAAAUAAUGUUAAAUCUCAUAGAAUGAGUAUUUAAAUACGUAUAAAUAUAUAUAUAUAUUUAAUUUAUUUGAUAUGAAAUUUAGUUGACUUAAUAAUGGAAUUAUUUUUGAAAUAAAAAUUGCAUGCUUUGGUUCAUUAAUAAUUCUCUAAAAUCAAUUAAUUAUUAUAUCAAGUGAAAAAUAUGUAUUUUUUUUAUGGAUUCGAAUGUGUGUUACUUGUAUAUGGACUAAAUGGUGUUUCUAGUUUAAAGUUAAAAAAAAUAAGGAAGAUAUUAUGUAAUUGUAAGAUUUGCAUAGCAAUGUUUGUAUUACUCGAAGAGCUAUUUAAAAAGUCAAAAUUAUUAUUUUUUUUAUAUAUGUGUUUCAAAUGUUUAAAAUAAAUAUUGAUAUAAUAAACAUUUUUUGACUGACA